AUGGCUCUCAAGGUUCGUGAUAUGGUGACUGUGGUCCUGCUGAUGGCGGUGGUGGCGACUCUGGCAGAACCCCCGCCUACCUACGGUCAUCACCCUACUCAUUCACCAUAUAAGCAGCCGGGGAUGCCACACAACUUCGCAUACAAUGUUAAGGACGGCUACUCCGGCACCAACUUCGGUCACAGUGAGAACUCCGACGGCAACACCGUCCGUGGCUCCUACAAUGUCGACCUUCCCGACGGACGCAAGCAGACGGUGAAAUACGAAGCAGACCACCACAAGGGUUUCACUGCCAACGUGGAGUACUAUGGCGAGGCCCAGUACGCCCACCAGUCCGGUCCGGCAGUAACAUUCAAGCCCCAGCCAUCAUACCACCAGCCAUCAUACCCGACCCAGCCAUCAUACCAGCCCCAGCCAUCAUACCCACCCCAACCCUCUUACCAACCCUAG